AUGGGGCAGGAUCUUAGGCAGCUGGAGAAUGCGCUCAAAAAGAUAAGAAUAGACUUUCCAGAGGUAAUGCAGGAGAAAUAUAUUCCAGGGCCUGCCAUGCAAAGAAUAUCUGACUCAGAGAAGAUGCAGGAUGAGUUUGAAAGUACAUACGAGAUGCUCUCUGCUGGGCUUGAAGCACUGAUAGCAGAAAACACAAAACCGUUAAAAAACUCUGCAAUUACAUACCAUAAGGUGCACAAAGAAAUAGUAGCAGCAUCUCAUAACAUCACAGAGGUGGAAGCAUGCUUGACAGAGCUUAUUAAAAGUGUGCAGUCUGACAGUAUAGGAAAGCACAUAGAGGACCUAAAACAGGAGCAGGAAAAGUACAUAAGAGAUUUAAAGGAAUCUGAAAUAAAAAAGGCGCUAGCAGUGGACAUGCUGACAAUAGGUGAUAUACAUGCAGGCAGACUGAGCGAAAUAAUGAAUAAUAUCCAGUGUGUAGAAGACAGAGAGGCGCGGAUGGAAGUGAAGUGUCGCACAGAGAAUGGGCUAUGGAAGGUCAAAAAAGAGAUAGAGGGGAGGAUAAAGGAUAGUCUGCAAGGAGUCAUUAGAAUAUCGCCUGUGGACAUUCGGGUGCUAGAGAAGAUUGCAGGCUGUGCGCUAGUUCCAGUAUACAAGUCUACAAAUGAGUGCAUGGUGCGAAUAAUCAAUAGGGCCACAAGGGAAAUGCAUAAAGAAAUGCACAAGAAAGAGGUUGUCACUGGGGAAGACGAGGCACAGAUACUCUCGCGGGAGCUUGCUGUCUUUGCAUCAGAAGUGUCUAAUUUGCUGCAUAAUAUACAAACCAUACUGCAUAAAAGAAAAGAAGAGUGCACAAGCAGUAAAAAGUACCGGUAUAACCCAGAGCUCUAUGAAGAAAUCUGGCUAAAUAGAGAGGCAUCUAACAAAACAGCUCAGGUCUCCCUGCCACUUUACGACUCUUCUGUUCUGGAAGAGGAUAUUUUCAAAAAGAUCGUUGAGUGGAUUUCAGUGUUUUUUAAAAGACUUACAAAAGACACAGAGGGUGCAGCCGAGGAUACCAUUGCCUAUGGAAUACAAAAGAUAAACAGGCUGGACUCAGCAAGUCUUAUGUAUAAUGAGCUGUUCUACAGCAAGUACGGGCACCUUACAAAAGACGAAAACAGUGUAGAGACAGACCUCUUUAUAAUGAACGUGCACUUAGUUAGGUCAGAGGAUGCAAUACUAAUUAUACACGGAUGCGCAUUGGAAAUAUCUGCAACUAUGCGGGAUGUUUUGGCUGAUGUCCUUCCUGCACAUGUGGAUAUAUCUGAUAAGAUCAAAGACGUAGAACUCAUCAGCUGCUUUGCAAACAGAAAGCAAAUGCUCAUGGAUUUAGUUGAAAAAGUGGAGGAAUUGGAGAAAACAGCAGACCACACUAUGCCAUUUCUGCAAAAGUACCAGAGAGCGAUAAAAAGGGUUCUGGGGGCACUUGGAAGGUUUGCUAAGGUGCGAAUUGCAGGGCUUGAAAUAAAAAUAGAGGAGGCUGCAGCAGAUGCGCUGGGAAGGGUUCUUGCAUCAAUGCAAGCAGUUUUUAAAGCAAUAUCACGUGUAAGCGAGGAGGAGCUUGAAGAGAUUAAGUACCAUGCAGAAGAUUCUAUUUCGGGAGAGAUAGAGAGGUGGAAUAACCCAGAAGAGAAAGAAAGCGCAUUAGGCCCGUCUAUUUUCAUGCACUGCACAAGCAGGAAGUUUAUUGCAAUCUCUGAGUUUAUUCAGCUGCCAAAUGAUAUUCUUUCAUUAAUUACGCAUAUGUCUAUGUCUAUUAUAGAAAAAAGCACAAAAGAGAAGAAGACAGAAGAGCACACUCAAGGACCAAUGGAGCAGAUUCAGGCUGGAUUUACAAAACUAGCACAAAUGAUGUUUGGGUGUUUCACGGUGCACUUGCUUUCUCUUGUAGGAACCACUAUAGACCAGCUUCUUACAAAGGCAGAUGUCCUUGACAGAAAGCUUGAGCAUUUUUUGCUAAUAGACACAUAUCUUGUGCAGAAAACACGGUCUAUUAUUCUGGAGUAUAUUACUACCUACUUCUUGGUCCACAUAGAGCGGUUUUCAGUCUUCUCGCACACAUUUACGUUUAAGCAGGCAGUUAUCAGCUUGCAGCAGUGCCUGGAAAGCAAAGAAGACACAUCUGUGUUUAGCAAUGGAAACUACUUGCCAGUGCAUGUCUUCUACAUUCUUCCAUAUGUAGAAAAGAAAGACCAGCUCUUUGGGACAGGACUGCUAGAGAUGUACAGCCAAAACCAGCUUUUAUGCAAAAGAAUAAAAGAGAUCUUCAAGAUUCCAUCAAACUAG